AUGCCGAGGGAGCACUCCGCUGCAGUGGGUCUUGCCAACACCACCGAGUUGCACCAUCACAAAGAUGAUUUUGUAACUAUGCGCAUGGAUGUCACUACAGCGGGAUAUCUAAAGGAUGGUUCUCGAUUGUGUCAACGAACCACGGCAGCCCUGGAUCGGCUGCCUCCGUGUGCCGCGGUGCUGUCUUUCGGCUCUGAUACCGACGAAAGGGACGUUGAAUUAGUUUGCUCUGCGUUGUCAAUGGAGGAUUGUGCAGUUACAGUGAUGGAGCCGAGCGUUUCGACGUACAAUUGUGGCGGUAAGCAAGAAUCCGCUCUGCUGGAUGCAUCCUCCCUACUGUCAACCGUGAAUGAAAUAUUGGAAGCUGGCCGUCUGCCGGAACCUACUCCCACCGCGGUGUCAUCAGUUAAUGCGGAAACUGUGGCGCAUGGCCGUUCAUCGCAGCCCCGCGAUGAGGGUAAGCGCCGCAAGGUGGCGUAUUCUGAGGACGAAGACAUCCACAUUCCGGAUGAGUUUGAGCAUUUCUUAAAGCACAAGGAGCUGUUGUUCAAGGCACAUCGCACGCUGAGCAAUGAGAAGAAUCGUAAACUGGAAACCAUUCGUAACGUGAUGAACGAGCUCUCCAAGGCCGGAGUGCACUUUGUUCCCGAGGAGAACAUCGUGCAAAAACUUCGUCACGGCGUGGACAGGUUGUUGUUCCGCGCGCUGACCUCUCGCGGCACUAGGGUUACACCAACUGGGUCGAAGGACAGUGGAAGUGAGUACGUAGUAUCGGCUAUGAGAGGCACUCUCGUACCUCCGGAAAAGCUAUUUGACAUGUUCCGCUCGGCAUGCGAGCACCUCGGGCAAGAGUGCCCGGUCUUCGUUUUAUGUGCAACAUCAGCUCGAUCUCCUCGUCAGAACGCCCACUGUAAAGAGCUAGGAUCUGCAUUCACAGACCAGCAUCUGUACAUAAUAUGCUGCUGGGACCCGCCGUCUGACAUGGGCGUCAUAGUGCUGACAUCGCAAUAG